AUGAGCAGAUCCAAAGCUCAUCCUCAGGCAGUCCCAGAGGAGUUGGAUAAGGCCACCAAUGGCCCCGGGGGGCCUAGUACCGCAGAUUCAGGAGACAAUUCGGUCGGACUGCAAGACGAAUCGACCUGCCGGGAGAAGAUUCUGGGAAAGUCCAGCAUCAACACGAAUGCUCGGGCAGAACGGGGCGCGCCGGUGAAAACGUGCGUCCACGUUCACAAUUAG